UACCUCUUGAACCUUAUUGAAGUCAUCUUUGACGUCUGACAGGCUGACUCAGGCGACCCCGGUCUGCGAGAGUGCGGCGUAGUCGUACCUGACUCCACCGAUUAGAGCUCAUCGACAUGCCGAUGACGCAACCAGAACAUACCGCGGGAGCGAGCACGUCGGCUCCUCCAGCAAGCAUCGAAGAGACGGUGCCGAUAUCAGAUCAAGCAGUACCGGAACCAUCCAUUGAGCAUGCACCGGCAAGUCCAGCAACCCCGGCACCUACAAACGAAGAACAAGGUUCCGCGGAGAGUGCGCCAAUGACCACAACGGCGGGUCCCUCCACGCUGGUAGAACACGACCCUGCCCCAAUCCAACCUCCAAUUCAACCCGAGUCCGACUUUGACGAAUCCGACUCCGCAUAUGGCGACUCGGACCACUUGAGCGACACCACCUCGAUCCCGUCGACCAUCUGGAAGCACCGCUACGAGAAUGGCCGCCGCUACCACAAGUUCCGCGAGGGCGAGUACUGGGGCCCCAACGACGAGCUGCAAAACGACCAGCUCGACAUUGCGCACCACAUGUUCCUGCUGCUGCUCGACAACAAGCUGCACCUCGCGCCCAUCCCGGACCCGCAGCGCAUCCUCGAUCUGGGCUGCGGCACGGGCAUCUGGUGCAUGGACAUGGCUGACGAACACCCCGCCGCAGACAUCACCGGCGUCGACCUCUCCCCCAUCCAGCCCUCCUUCACGCCGCCCAACUGCCGCUUCGAAAUCGACGACAUCACCUCGCCGUGGACCUUCCCGCACACCUUCGACCUCAUCAACCACCGCUCUCUCUACGGCUCCAUCGCCGACUGGCCCGCGCUGUACGCACAGGCCCACGCCGCGCUCGUCCCGGGCGGCUACCUGCACGCCGUGGAGAUGAGCAUCCAGUUCAAAUCCGACGACGGGACGCUGGCGCCCGACCACGUGCUCAGCGCGUGGAGCGACGUGUUCCACGACGCGUCGAAGCGGUUUGGGAAGAGCUUCUACGAGGUGUGGGCGCUGUCGCGGUAUGCAAGGGACGCCGGGUUCGAGGAGGUGGUGGAGCGCGUGUACAAGGUGCCCGUGAAUGGGUGGCCGGCGGAUGCGCGGAUGAAGGAGCUCGGGCGGUGGAAUUUCUUGCACUGCACGCAGGGCGCGGAGGGGUGGGGGUUGUUUCUGCUGACGCGGGUGAUGGGGUGGAGUGUAGAGGAGGCGCAGGUGUUUAUUGCGAAGUUUAGGACGGGGUUGAAGGAGAGGAAGGUGCAUGCGUACUUUGAGGUGAUUCAGUUUAGUGCGCGGAAGCCGGGGGCGCGGGUGUAGAAGGGGGGGAUGUGGAGGGAGAGCACGUUGCAUUGCGCCAAACGCAGAGGUAUCUAGAAAGUAUCAGGCUCCAACGCCAAACUCCAGCCGAGUCUGCCAUGGGCAGCUCCGCGGCAAUAACACCGCCGUCCAUGAAAGAGCCGCUCAAACCCAACG